GUCACGCGCAGCAGUUGCCGCGCUCGUUCACGGCUCAGGAUAAGAAUAUUCUAACAGGAAAAAAACAACAACAAGAAGAAAAAACAAAAUGUCAACAGAUGUUGAAAGUCUAAGGAGAAGGUCUACGGCGGAUAGUUCAGAACAUCUGUGGGACCAUGAGCACAAAGUUUAUCGCCGUAGCUCUCAGUGUGACAGACUGUGCGUGGCCAGCUUUCAUCCCGAGUUGGUCGAUACUCCUUCACCCUGUGGCUCGCACCAUUUCAUCCACCACACGCCAAAAUGCCUCUCUGCUCACAGACUCUCCGUACACUCUCGAGGUACUGAGGACGCCUGGCAGGAAGCGAGUCUGAGGACCACCAUCCGCGCCGAGAACGAAGUGGAGGCACACAAACUAGUCAAUAACUAUAUGUUUGGUUUCAGGAAGUGGAAGAGUCACGUUACGGAGCGUCCGAUCGAGGACAGGUCAGACCAGGUGAAGGAGUUGUACUCGGAGCAGAUCUUCAUCAAACACAAUACAGGCUCACUGCUCAGCGUUGGCAACGUGGCCUACGUGCUUCUCUUCGGCUGGUGGGUCUCUUUAGCUUAUUUUCUUGUAAGCUUGCUGAUGUUUUGCACCAUCGUUGCGAUUCCACACGGGAAACUGUGUUUCAGGUUGUCAGGAUAUUUAUUGUGGCCUUUUGGGAAACUGUUACAAAAGACCUGCAGCCUGGUACGGAAAUGCUCUGUCAAAUUCCCGCACUGCGAAGCCAUUCCAGAGGAAGCGGGUGACGUGAAGGAGUCCUCACCUCUGCUGAGUUCCCCACCUGUCGCUAUAAACGUCCCUCCUCUUCCUCCUCCUCCUCCACCUCCUCCUCAGAAGCGCUCUUACUGGUGUUGCGCGAGCACGUACGUUUGGCUCGUGCUGGGUUACGUUCCUCUCGCUGUAAUCCACUCCCUGGCCUGCUUCCUCGCCUGGAUGAUGGUCUUCACCAUCCCCGUUGCCAAAAUGAACGGCAGGGUCCUCAGCAUCGUCCUCUUCCUGCCACCUGACGAGAUUCAGGUUCAACCGGCGAAGAACCCUCAAAAUUGUGAAUCCAGGGUCCUCCUGUGCUACUACCGUGCCUUUAACUGGUACUACUACAAGUACACGGUGGACGGGAUCAACGUCUUCGCUGUCAACCUGCUGUCGCUCGUCAUCAUCGCUCUGGUGACCGGUUAUGUGGACCGCGAUAAUACUUUUAUCAGCUCUGAGGUGAAGUUUGCCACAGCUGUGACCUCCAUCAUCCCCCUGUCUUACUACAUCGGUAUGGGUAUAGCCAGUAUCUCGGCUCAGAGUAACUUUGCAGUCGGAGCUGUAGUAAACGCUACGUUCGGUUCUAUCACAGAGAUGACCUUCUACAUCACGGCUCUGCUGCAGGGUCAUCGCAUCGGGAACAAAUGUUAUGGGGAGAUCGUUAAAGCCGCACUCACAGGGACGCUGCUCGGAUGCAUCCUCUUUAUUCCGGGCUUGUGUAUGAUCAUCGGGGGCUGUAAGCACCGUGAGCAGAGAUUUAACAGCCGAUCAGCCGGGGUCAGCUCGGCCCUGCUCUUCAUCUCAGUCGGGGGUGUGUUUGCUCCUACACUGUUCUCUAAAGCCUACGGGAACCUGGUGUGUGACAGCUGCAGUAAUCCGUCUGGUAACAUCACCGGACCCUUCAUCUGCACAGACUGCCACUACGAUCUGAGCGAGAACAACCGCUCCUUGUUCCUGAGUCAUAUCGAGCCGCUGGUGUACACCGUGUCUGUGCUUCUGCCUGCUGCGUAUCUCAUCGGUUUGAUCUUCACACUGAAGACGCACACGCACAUCUACGACAUCCACGUCAGCGACGCGCACUGUCACGUGUUAGUCACGAGUGACCCUAAUCCAGUGGUGCACUGGUCCAGAUGGAGAGCUUUGGUGGUCCUGAUCGUGGCCACGUUCCUGACCGCAGCCUGUGCAGAUCUCACCACUGAGCACAUCAGACCCAUCAUCUGUCACUCCAGCGUGUCUCAGUACUUUAUCGGUGUUACUGUGCUGGCGAUGGUUCCUGAACUUCCUGAAAUAGUCAACGGGAUCCAGUUUGCGCUUCAGAAUAACAUUAGUUUGAGCCUGGAAGUUGGAAAUUGUAUCGCUGUGCAAGUCUGCAUGCUUCAGAUUCCACUGUUGAUCUUAUUCAAUGCUGUUUAUGACGUCGGAUUUGUUCUCAUAUUCAGCGACUUGCACCUGUGGGCGAGCAUCUUCAGCGUCAUCCUGGUCAAUUACAUCUUCAUGGAUGGGAAGUGUGACUACUUCCAGGGAACGGCUCUGGUGGUCGUCUACCUCAUCCUCCUGGCAUUGUACUUCUUCGCUCCGUCUCCCCGCGGCUGCUGACGAUCCAGAACUUUCUCACCGUAUCGCAAUUUUGUGUUUUUGUUUGUUUGUAAUGGCACUACUUUAUCUAGCUUCACUGUAAUCCUGGUGUGACUUCUCCUUGUGAAAUUAUUGAACCUGUGUG